GACGUUGUUGUUGUAAGUGGUGGAGAAAUUACUUUGUCGCUGGUGGUCCGGUUUGGGAUUUUACGCACCGUUCUCCAUAUGAGGACACUAAAAAGUUAGAAGUCGUUGGUACUGGAAACGUAUUUGCUAUUUACAAGUUGGCACUUGCUGGAAAAUUGAAUGGGACGAUGAAAACAACAUCUGCGAGGCCGCUAAAGGUGUGGCUGACAGACUAGCUGAAGGUAGAGGCCGACUCCACCUUAUCCAUUCGCUUUGCUGCCCUGUCGGGGAGAGCAGAGUACAGUUUUCUUUCUUUCCCUCUCUCUCUUUUUAAUGCCUGGAUGCAACCCGCCAACUUGUGAAUUCAUGAUCACAUGACCGUGGAUAUGGACGCAGUCCUGUCCGACUUUGUCCGUUCCACUGGAGCUGAACCGGGAUUGGCCAGAGACCUGCUAGAGGGCAAGAACUGGGAUUUCACUGCUGCCCUCAGUGACUUUGAGCAGCUGCGACAGGUGCAUGCUGGGAACCUGUCGUAUUCGUUCACAGAAGAGCGAACGUAUCUGCCCCCUGAAAAGGAGAUGGCUCGGGUAGGACGGCCUAUACUCCAUCGCCAAGAUGAGGUGGUGCAAGCUACAGAGAAGCGUUUGUCGAGGGGUAUUUCUCAUGCUAGCUCUACCAUCGUUUCUCUGGCCCGCUCUCACGUCUCGAGCACCGGCGGUAGCAGCAAUGAGCCUCUUCUGGACACGCCCCUGUGCACUUUCCAACUGCCAGACCUCACUGUGUACCGGGACGACUUCAGGAGCUUCAUUGAGAGGGACCUUAUUGAGCAGUCCAUGAUGGUAGCCUUGGAGCAUGCCGGGCGGCUGAACUGGUGGACAAAAGUGGUUUCAAACUGCCAGAGUCUGCUACCUCUGGCAACAAGUGGAGAUGGAAAUUGCCUGCUGCAUGCAGCCUCGCUCGGUAUGUGGGGCUUUCACGACCGAGACUUGAUGCUGCGGAAGUCCCUGUACGCGCUGAUGGAUCACGGGUUGGAGAGAGAGGCACUGAAGCGCAGGUGGAGGUGGCAGCAGACCCAGCAGAACAAAGAGUCUGGGCUGGUGUACACGGAGGAGGAGUGGCAGAAAGAGUGGAAUGAACUGUUAAAGCUCGCCUCCAGCGAACCGAGAAUACACUACAGCACCAACGGCACCAACGGAGUGGAGUCUUCAGACGAGCCAGUUUAUGAGAGUUUGGAGGAGUUUCACGUCUUUGUCUUGGCUCAUGUCCUUAGAAGGCCCAUCGUGGUGGUCGCUGACACCAUGCUGAGGGACUCGGGAGGAGAGGCUUUUGCUCCCAUCCCAUUCGGAGGCAUCUACCUACCGCUGGAAGUGCCAGCUGCCAAGUGCCACCGCUCUCCGCUGGUCCUGGCAUACGAUCAGGCGCACUUCUCUGCUCUGGUCUCCAUGGAACAGAAGGACAGCUCGAAAGAGCAAGCAGUUGUGAUCCCUCUCACUGACUCAGAGCACAAAAUGCUGCCACUGCACUUUGCUGUGGAUCCAGGGAAGGACUGGGAGUGGGGGAAAGAUGACACAGACAACGUGAUGCUAGCAAGUGUGGCUCUUUCUUUGGAGGCCAAGCUCCAGAUGUUGCACAGCUACAUGACGGUCACCUGGCUGCCCCUGCCAUGCGAGCAAGCCCCGCUGGCCCAGCCGGAGUCUCCCACGGCAUCAGCUGGAGAAGAUGCCCGGUCGCCUCCUGACUCCGGAGAAUCGGACAAGGAGUCUGUCAGCAGCAGCUCCAAUGGCAACGGAGACACAACCACAGGAUCAACAGUCAAUGGAGGGGGAUCUUUGGCCAAGAACAGCUCCUCCUCUUCAUCUAGUUCAUCCAGCAGUGGAUCAGCAGGGAAGGACAAAACCAAGAAGGAGAAGGACAAGGAUAAAGACAAGAAGAGGGCAGACUCUGUGGCCAAUAAGCUUGGCAGUUUUGGAAAGAGCCUGGGCAGCAAGUUUAAGAAAAACGUGGGUGGGCUGAUGCCAGGAAAAAAUGUUGGAGCUGGAGGUGCCAAGCAAGAGGGUGGGGAGAAGAAGAAAGGCUCAUUUAGAGGGAGGAAGGGCAGCAAGGAUAGCUCGCCUUCAGCCCACGCCUCUGAGGAUUCUGGGAAAGGCUCUCCCUCCUCGGGCAGCGAGCGUCUCAAUGGAGCCGGGAGCAGCAUGAGCAGCAGUGGUGGGAGCAGCACUGAGAGCGAGCCCUACAAGUACAGCGCCGAUGUGAAGGUCAGCCUCGGCAUCCUGCGGGCCGCCAUGCAGGGGGAGAGGAAGUUCAUCUUUGCCAGCCUCCUCACCACCAGCAACAGGCAGCCCUUCCAGGAAGAGAUGAUCCAGCGUUACCUCGCCGAUGCAGAGGAGCGCUUCCGGGCUGAGCAGGAACAACAGCGCCGCGAGGCAGAGAGGAAAAGCAUCGCUAACAGCCUCCAACCACCCAAGAAGGAGGUGGUUGGUUGUUCAGAGCUAAGUUACCGGCCUUACGAGCCCAAAGAGGAGCUAUCGGAGAACUCGUCGCCUUCCUUCAACACGCUUAAGCUGUCUCCUUUGAGUCCCUCUAUGUACUCGGCUGUUGUGCCCAUCCCCAGGCCCUCCUUCAUUGACCAGCCUCUUCCUGCAGCCCCCCUGACCCAGCAUCUUCACGUGCAUAGCUACGUUGAUAAUCGACGCCAGCUAGCUGGUGGCUCCUCGGCAAUCUCUUACCCUGGCCUCCCCUCGUAUGCAACCCUCCCCCGGCACGGCCCCACAGCACAGCCUCCCUCCCAUCCCCAGUACAAUAACUCGCAAGGCCCCUCCUCCCUCAGUCCUUCCCGCCUCGCACCCUCAUAUCCCCCCGAAUUCGACCCACCGGACUACCCCGGGGCUGAACUCACCACUGGGAACUACACCAACGGCUUCCGGGACAUGAGCUCCAAUCUAGACUGUCGGAACGGGCAACCCCCUGUCAGACACUACUCGUUGGGCAGUGCCAGCGGAUUGGCCGGCCUGCAGUCCAGCCGCUGUCGGACACCCAACUGCAACUACUACGGACACCCCGAGACGGGCAACUACUGUUCCUACUGUUACCGGGAAGAGCUGAAGAAGAGGGAGACAGAACCGGCCAUCCACAGGUUCUGAGCAGACCUCGUUGUGGCUUGAAUUUGACGAGUGGCCUUUUUCACGACUGGAGCAGAUCAACCUGUAGAUGGACGAGGGAAAGGGCAACCACCUCCCUCAUCUUUUAUUCUUAGCCGUGUCAUUACCUGUUGAAAGUACCAAGUGAGGCUACAUAACUACAGGAUACACAAGGUGGUCUUUGACUGUCAGGGUCACGUUAGACCGUAGAGUAAACUGCACUUCUGUUACAUUUUGCUGUGGCUCUUAUGCAGGCGUUGUGUACGAGUGUGUGUGUGUGUGUGUGUGUGUGUGUGUGUGUGUGUGCGCGUGUGUGCGUGCGCGUGUGCGUGCGUGCGUGCAUGCGAACUACAAACUCUCCUCAAUUCUUGGAGUUGGAACGCCUUGCUACUAUCUCCUCCUAGUGGAGCGAAUGUAUAUGGCAGGCAUCAUACAUGACACUCAUCAAUACAUGUACAGAACACACAUCCACACUAAGUAAUACUUACACUACAACAUAAACAGAGAUGCAAGCACAAACGGAAAAGGCGUGAGUGUCUCUGCUCCAUUUCUAUUCUGUGAUGUUUGGAUUGGUUCAUUAAGGGAUGUUUGAAGUCACGUCUGGUUAUAAGGUGAUUUCAGUGUUACAGAUACAGAGAUUAACACUAUUAUCAUUAGAUGCUUGUACCUCGGGAAACGGCACAAUUAAUCCUCGUCGAGUUGCUUUUUUUCCUCUUUUGUCGCAUAAAAUGCACACUGAAACUGUUGUGUGAUGCUCAUGAUAAGCGUUCUGUAGGCUGCUGCGGUGCUAAUGUUACAGAACGCGUUUAGACGACUGCUCUGCACUGCACUCAUUCGGGCAAAGUAACUAUCACUUAAAAAAAAUUCUGCAUUUUUUGUCCAAUGCUGUAAAUUGGAUUAUGAAGAUGUCAGCCCGCCCGCACCCCCCUUUUUUCUUUAAUAUUAAGAGCUAUUGACCAGGUCACAUGAUUGACCAGGCAUUAUAGAACAAAGACAAGAUAGAAACAUAGUACGAUGGUAAGGUACUGUCCCGGUCCAGAGUAUUUCUUCUGUUUGUUGGAAUGUUUUUCUUUUUGUACUCGGGUCUUCCUGUUUCCUGUUACAAUGGUUGAUGUUUGUGUGGCCUCGGGAUGCAAUAAUAUGUGAAAUGUGAGAUGAAACUUAAUGUUCAGAACAGCAGAUUUUUGGAGACAACAGUCAAUAACUUAAAUUAGUUGAACAUUAGUAAGCACACUUUGGGAUUUUUAGGAGAAAAUUUAUGGCUUUGUUACCAAACAUGUUGCGUUAAUCAGUGGCGAUUUCUCUCUCCAUGACACAAACUGACACAAACACUCGCCUGGAUGUGAGAAACUGACAUGGUAUUAACAAAUUCUGGUUAUUUUUUUUUUUAUAUUAAUUUUAUAAUAUUUUCCCUCUGUUCUUUCUGAAGGUUUAGAAAUGUAAAACAUGUUUUAUGUGGUCUCCCCUGAAAUUUUAAUUAAUAAGGUGUUCUGAUUAAUUAGCUGCUUAUUGGUUUGGCUAUUUACUGCAAAUUCAGAGGUUCUGCUGAAGUUUUUUUGUUUUUGUUUUUUUUGUUUUUUUGCAUUCGGUCUGUCAAAGUUGGUUGUUUUUGCACAAAUUUGAGCACUUUUCCUGAUGUCUGUGAACUCAGAGCUUUACUGGUUUUUAGUUGGUGAUCACUGCAGACACUGCCACCUCUGGUUCUGGGAAAUCAGAGGCCACGGGUCAGAAGAUUUUCGUUGCAGGACGCAGAAGAACUCCAGCAUUUCAGUGAUAGUGUCACCAUCUCGCUCAGUGUCCCAGUUGCCUUUUUUCAGCAUUUGCAAACCAAGAGGCCGACUUCAAGUAUCCACUGCUUGCCUGCAGUUUUCACAAAUACUGUACCCAAAACUCAGCAAAUUAUUUCAUGAGUCUGAUGAAGUGUUCAGUUUGAUUUUUGCUUUUUUUUUUUUCUUUAAGGCUGUUUUGGUUGUUGGCAAAUUAAUUUCUAAUAUUUAUUAUUUCCCCCCUGUAAUUAAGCCAUGGUGAUUAACUUUGACAGAGCAACUCUGGUUGUUGUACUCUUGUAGAUUCAAUAUUUUCUUUGGCGUUGAGCGCUUUUCAGAUGUGAGAUGCUUGACAUCAUGCUGUUAUUGCUUUUUAACACUGGCGACACUGAUGGAGAGAGCCACUGUGUACAUCCAUAUGUGCAAAAUACUUUACAUCAGCUCGAGAAGUCUGACUGUGUUUAAUUCGCAGUCUGAACCUCCACAUCAGAUUCAGAGAAAGAGGUCUCUCUCUUCUGGACUGAGAAAAGAAAGAAGUAUCAGUAUCAAAUAAGUAACACAGUCAGAGAUGUCAUGAAGUGGCUGUAAUUUGUGUUUCUGGUUUUCUCUGAUGAGCUGAGCUAGUGUCAGUCAAUGUUUUCAUUUUAGUACAAUUCCCACAUUACUUACUAAACCUAAAAGAAUACAGUAAUCCUCACCUGCAGCUGGAGCACAGCUGGCUCCCGCGUGACCAGCCUUAAAAGAAAAGCAUACAUAAACCUAAACUGGCAACUGGCAGUUGGCCUCGUAGAUUUGCUGUUGUGACUUUUACAGAAAAGGAUCAGGGUGUCUUCAAAGGGCUUUAGAGAAGCACAAUUCAGUCUGCAAUACACUGCCUCUUCCAAACGAGGGCGCCCUUCUUUCGUUUUUCUUGGUUUGUGCUUUUCUCUCCUGCAAACCUGCAAACACACGAAACCAAAUGUUUCUGACUAAUUUCUUCAGGCUUAAUUUCACACUGUGUAACACAGUAUUUUCUCUAAUGCUGGUCAAAGGACCAGAAUUUCUUCAGCUUUUUUCUUUUUGCUGUGCUUUAUAGCUUUAACAACAUUAAAACACUGACGUUUCGCUCUUUCCCCAAAAGGCAUUUGCUGUGUUUGUGUGUCAUCAUGUGUUCAUGAAAGUGGAUUUGUUUUCAUUGAGAUGAGACCCGACCGGCACGUGUUUCUCUGAGUGGUGAUGCCUGUUUUGUUUUUUGUUUUUUAAAUUUAAUUAUUUUUUUAUGUGUAUGUGUGCAUACCCUUUCCUUCCCUCCAUAGUAAUAAUUAGCUUACAAACCUUUUUUCAAUUUAAUUUUUUUGCAAUGACAUGGAUGCCUCAGAAACAUGUAAAACAUCAGACUUUACAGGCUACGAACACUUUUUUUGUAUUGAAGAAAAAAAAACAGUGAGAGGAUGUAUAAAUAUGUUCGGAGUUAUUUUUGUAAGCCCAAAGUUUUACAGUGUUUUUAAAGGGUAAGAAUGUAUAUUGUUGGACAUGAAAACAGGUCGGGAUUGUAAGAGGCUGUAUUUGGGGUACAACUGGUGUUAAGAAUAAAGACAUUUUGGCUGUUGAAGGUGACCCCGCAGACGAGCCUUUUCAUACUUGAGGCUCUCCCAUUGCAAACUAAUUUCCUCAAUGCUGACCUAAUAAUUCGAGAAUAUAUAUUUAUAGUGAGAUUUUUUUUAAAUAGGGUUCCUUGUGGAAUGUUUAGUUGAAAUGAUUUUAGGAUGUUCUUUCUCACAUGGCUAAUUGUCUAGCAGUCUGGCUUUUAUUUUAUUGCCUUUUCUUCUUUAAUUUGUAAAUUAGGUUUUAUUUUCUGCAGCAACCAUUUCCUGUGCUAAAACAUGACAGGUGAUAUUGACCCAGCUCAUUUCCUCCAAACCAGAAGAGAAAUGGCUCAGAAUUAGUUUGGUGACAAAACCGAUCCAAAUAUAUUUUUCUAUAUCGUUGACACUGUCGUUUCUGUGAGAGCAGAAGAUUCCUCCUCAGAAACAUUAACAUGGAAUACUUUUGAGUUGCAUGGGACUGAAAAUGUUGCAUGUAAAUGGCAAACCAUUCUACCAAAUUUGUGCAUUGUCUGAGCUUAAUUUCAGCUGUCCUGGUAUUUUAGUUGGUUUUAUUUAAUUUUAUUUUUUUCGAAUAAAUAUUUUUAUUUUUUCCUUUUAGUUUUGAGAGGAGAGCUCUAAGGCUGUGUGACAGUGCAAUCUGGACAGAAAGAACAUCAGAUUUUAUGUUAGGUUGUUAUUAUUAUUAUUAUAAUUAUUAAUUUUUUUGCACCGUUUGAAUAA